ACCACACGAUGCAAAAGUGCAGAUCGGUGGGCGCUAGCUACUAUACCUGCUUCGGAUUGGAAGACUAAUGCAGUAAAGCUUGCCGUCAUCGCAAGAGCCUUGAAGCUAGCAAGAUGAUAGUCGAAGAGCUUGACGGCUAUGAGCUUGGAUUUUGCUCGCGUUGGGGUCCUCGCAAUAAUCCAAAUUGGAGUUGGCGAAACAACCUCGUAUGCUACUCCGAAAAGACGAAACUCUUCUAUGUUGCUCUGUGCAGUAAAAUCUUGAUCUUUGAAAGGUGCAAUGGCGACCUUGUUCAGCAAUCGCUGGAAAUCGACAACACCGAUCCAAAUUUUGACAUGACGAUGUCCCACCCUAUAUUCGACGGCCCUGGAGCCAAUUAUCUGACUAUUGCAACUUGUGGAAGUAUAGAAUACCUCAUCAGCCUGACUGGUACUGGCAGAGUCAUUCUGCGUCCUACGGGUAAUGUCACAGGCUCACCACUCAUCUUCAAUGUCAGGCACAGUGCAUGGAGUGUAGCCAUGGCCAAGGAGGGUCCCUAUCUUGCAAUCGGACACAAUGGAGCUCAAGUGACUGUGCUAGACAUCAGCCUCCCACCAGGUGUAGCUGAGAUAGAGGCUCGUAAGCUCAGUUGCUGUGGUAAUAUUCCGUGCGUCGCCUUUUCAAGGGAUUCUAAGCGAUUGAUGGCCGCGAUCCUUCCAAGCCAGAGAGGAACCCCUGGUCUAGCCCAGACUGAGCUUGGCGAGACGCUCAUCAACACAUCGUGUCCUCAAGAUGCUUAUGGCAACAACUGGGCUUGCCUAUUCUUGUACGGCGACGAUUUCAUGAAGAACGAGUGGCAGCCAGAUUGUCACGCACUGCUACAUGUUCCUGAAUUUGAGGAUGCUCCCAAUUAUGAAUUCUGCUUCUGGGCAGCUGAAAAAGACAUCUAUUUCGGUCGAUUCGACCUUGAAUGGCAUAAUUUUUCCGGUGGCGAGUGGUGGACCGAAACAUUUGCUUCUGUGGAUUGGAGUGAUGCCAACAGGAAUAUCUACGCUCGGCUCAACUUGGUCAAGCACAUCAAACACCUCGGUGUUUUGGUCGUCGCAAAUCAAUUUGGUGCAAUACGCAUCAUUGAACUCUGUCACAGGGAAAAGCGUGACAAUGAAGCAGACAAGGACAGUAUCUACGGUUUCCGUCUCGUCGCUGUCUUGAGUGUAAGAAAAGGCCAGGGACACAGAGGAGAGGCUGUGACCGAUACCAGCAAAAUCAUUCCUGGCCAAGUGAAAAAGGAUGCACAAGCUUGGGUCUUACAGGGAGGCAUCAGUGAAGCACGAGAGACGAACGAUCAAGUCCUCUUUGGAUUGGAUGUUGUGCCGAACGAAGCAGACGAGAGCGCGGAGCUCGUAGUCUUUACUCACAGCUCCGAGAUUCUCUCUUGGACUAUCAGGCGUCAACCAAUCCAAGCAAGCAGGAUUGUACUCCAUCGAAGUCUCGGUCGCUAGCGAUCGCUCUGUCAAUGCAUAGCAUAGCAAUUUAUUCAGACUGGCUUGAUGUCACUCCGAACAGGAGAUUGCAUUCGACGCCCAUGCUGAAUGUAGAAUCCGACGAAUUGCGGUGGUAAGGCACUUGGAGGCAGCCUCUUCUUCUCCGUGGUUCCCAUCUGAAUGGCAAUCUCAUAGUGGAUACCAGGACUUGGAGAGGUGCCCAACUUGCCGGCUUCCAGGAUCUCAAUGGCAGACAAGCAAGUGAAGUCAACUGGCAUAGAGAAACUGGUAUUCUACAGUUUGAAAAGCUAAGCAGAAACGACCACGUUUGUCCAAGUGCGAAGCGUUCAAGCGAAGCAUUCCUCGUAAGUUUUGUUGUGCUUGUUGGUGGCGUGCAACUCGAGAUC